AUGGCUAUCCCCAGUGUCCUUACAUUUGAUGUUGAGGGUCGUGCUGUUGACUUUGAGGUCUGGGUCGAUGACCUCCAGCUCUUCCUACAGUGCGAUAGGGCAGACGGACUCUCCCUGUUCAAUCUCACCUCUGGUGCCUCUCCUGCCCCACCUACUGAUGCUGACAGCACUGUUCGCUCACAGUGGGCCACACGCGAUGCUGCUGCUCGUCUUAAUGUGCUCACCCGGCUCCCUGACUCCCUUCGCUUAGUCAAGGACCACUUCCUCUCAGUUUGCCCCAUCACACUCACCGUUGACCUCCUUGAGGAGUGCUUCUUAGCAGCAGAGAAGAGCAUAGUCGCUGUAGGAGCCUCUCGUGGUGACCCUCGCACCCCCGUCUUUGAGGGGUGUUCCCCCUCCCCCCUCUUGCCCUCUGUUGCUUCUGCUGCUGCGGCCGACCUCGUUAGCUUCGAGUCGGUCGGCGCUGCAUCUGCCCCUAGCGGGAGACUCUGCACCGGCAAGGGCAAGGGGGGCAAGGGCGCAGAAGGGGCUGGCGGGGGCAGUGGAGGGGGUGGGGGUGGUGGUGGGAGUGGUGGCCGGGGUGGAGGUGUCGGUGGCAGCAAUGGAGGCGGAGGAGGCGGCGGCGGUGGCGGAGGGAGCGGAGGCGGCGGAGGUGGCGGAGGUGGCGGAGGCGGCGGCGGCAGCGGUGGAGCUGGUCGCGGCACUGCGCAGAGGAGUGGUUCCGGUGGUGGUCCGCGCCAGCAGCAGCAGCAGCAGCAGCGCAGUCGUGAGACCCCGUCCCCCCAGCAGCUUUGUGAGUGGUACGCGGGGCGUCAGCGAGGUGGGGGUAGUGGUCCCUGCACCUACGUCCUCCGUACCGGCGACCGCGCUGGUGAGCAGUGCGGGGGCCCGCACUCCACCCAGCGCUGCUUCGGCCGCCUGACGGACGCGUGGCGUCACCAGUUCCCUGACGCCACUGAGAUCCCUCGCUGGGGAGAGCUGUCUAGGGUGGGGGUUGCUACCUGUGAUCUUGAUUAUGAUGCUAUUCUUGCUGCCAUGUAUGCUGUUUCUACUAGUGAUGAGGGUGACUGUUACCUGUGUGUUCCGCCUGACCCGGGCAUUGAGGCUGCUGCUCUAGUUACUGGUGAGGCUGCUGCUCUAGGUGCUAGUGUGUCUACUGCCCCAGAUGCUAGUGAGUCUGCUCUCUCAGGUACCACGUCGGCUCACGCCUUACACACCUUCACCCUUGAUUCGGGUGCUUCCUGCUCCUUCUUUCGAGACCGCACCACGCUUACGCCGCUUAGUCGGCCGGUUGCGGUUUCCCUGGCGGACCCCUUUGGGGGUCCUGUCCUUGCUAGCUUCUCCACUGUCUUACCGUGCCUGGCAGCCCCCUCUGGCACCCUGUCAGGUCUCUACCUCCCCUCGUUCUCUACAAACUUGGUGAGUGGAGUUAAUUAA